AUGGCGAUAGGAACGACCACAAGUGUGAAGCACAAUCUGCAAGCGCAGCAGGUGGAGAGUGUGGCCGAGAGGCACGACACUGGGGAUCAACACAGUGGAGGAGAUGAAGUGAGGGAGACUGGGAGCAAUGCUGAUGAACACGCGUCUAAGAAGCACCAAAGUCACAACUCGUGUAAAACUUGCGGGUCCCUGGCCGACAAAUGUUCGUGCAAGGAAUGUGAAUGUCAAGUAUGCAGCAACAAGAUUCACGGUGGGGAACACAUUGAGCCAGCAAUCAAGUCGGCAACGUCUUCGGCGAUCGUGUGCGGUGGUGACUGUAUUCGUGCUUCUCAACGUGCUGCGGCCGGAGGAUGUCCAGGAUGUGAAUGCCCUGCCGGUGGUUGUCCUUGCACCAAGUGCAGUUGCCCCCUUUGCGGCCCCCACCAAAAAGCUUUCGAUUCAACACCCUGUCGUGGUUCGAACGAAGCUAGAAAGCGCGCAAUAGCAGGAAAUUGUCCUGCAUGUGGCUGUCCUGCAGGACAUUGCCCUUGUACGGGCUGCAUAUGUCCAAUCUGCAAGUCGUUGUAA